CGUAAUGCAGCCGUUUGGAGUAGGAAGGUGGCCUGUGUGUGGUCCGACUAUCCCAUGCACUCCCAGAUUGUUGUUCUUCAUGCGGGAAACUAAAUCGGACGAACCAAGGUUGGCGUGCUGGGGAUAUUGGUGCAAGGUUUUGAAUGCCAUCUCUUUCUUUCCCUAGACACCCCGCGGGUUCUCACGCUUGACUCUUGAGGUAGUCGUUGAGAAAUUCUUUCCCCAUAGCCGACGGCAACAAUCCUAGAGUUCAUCAUGACUUCCAAAGUUUACGAUGUGGUCGUCGUCGGGGGAGGCCCGAUCGGCCUUUCAGCCGCCUACGAGGUGGCCAAGACCAACGCCAGUGUCAUUGUGCUCGAGCAAAACAGCUUUUUCAACCAGGCCGGAAGCUCUAAUGACUUGGCUAGAAUGUUCCGAACCAUGUACACAGAAGACUUCAUGGCUGACCUUGCCAAAGAGGCGUUGGGCCUUUGGGACGACCUUGAAAAAGAUUCGGGCACCUCUCUCCGUUGGAUGAGCGGAUUGCUCAACUUCGGAGAUAAAAACUUCGGUGGCGACACCCCGGAAGGGACCCUGACGGGCCCGGUACCCAACCUUAAGAGGCUCGGCAUGGCAUACAAGGAAUUAAACGCCAAAGAUAUCGAAGAGCGUUACCCCUUCAAGAAAUUGCCCCCGGACUGGAUCGGUCUUUACGCCCCUGACAAUGGCGUGAUCAACGUCCAGCUCCUCUUGCGCACCCUUAUGAGCCUAGCCAAGGACUACGGCGCUGAAACUAAGCAGCAUACCAAGGUCGAGAAAAUUCGCCCUUCAGAGCAGGCCAGUAGCAUCUGGGAAGUACAUACAGUCCGCCACGAGGAGGAGAAAGUGACAUUCAGGGCGAGGAAGAUUGUGAUUGCGUCCGGCGCCUACGUCAACCACGUUCUGAAGCCGAGCUUUGGCAUCCAACUCGAUCUCGACAUCUGGGAGAUGGUUGCGAGCUACUUCAGUACCAAUGCCGGGCCCAAAGGAACAAUCUUUCCCAGCAUGUGGUUUCAGUUUGCUCCCGACAAGAAUCAAAGAUCGCAGCUCUUCUAUGGCUUCCCUACCUUGCCUUGGGGCCCCCCGAAUGUUACCCGUAUUGCGGUGGACGCAGCUACUCGCCGUAUCAAUGACCCCAGCGACAGACUCACCAGCGAAGUCAAUGCAGAGGACAUUCGAGACGCCCAGGAUUUCAUUAAGGAGCACGUCGUGGGCGUAGAUUCCACCGUCCCAGCUUUUACACUCAGUUGCCUCCAGACUAACGUCUUCGACAACAUGUUCGUCCUCGACUACGUCCCCAAGGAGUACCUCCACGGUGGGCCCGAGAAGAGUGUUGUCGUCUUCACGGCGGGUUGGGCUAUGAAAUUUGUGCCUCUGCUUGGGAAGGCCCUGGCGGAGAUGGCUCUUCAGGGCGAGUCCAAAUACGCCCUCAAAGAGUUCUCGAUCACUCGCAAAAAUCCAAAGAAUGGCGAGGGAAUCAUUGUGGCGAGCAAAGAGCAGAUUGUUGUGGCGCGGGGUGCGUCCAGCGUCCAGGGGCAGGCCUCGGGGUCGUCGGUUAGGGGGGUUGGAAGCACGGGGUCGUAGUCACAUGGACUUUAUAGGCAGCACAGAGAAUUGGACCCGGGACACCAGCACGGAAAGAAAGCUCUGCCAUUAUUGCUUCAUGUAGCACUCACGAAUACAAAGUGGCUAGGUACCUAUAGGUAGGUACGCAGCUUCCAACUCGGAUGGCUAGACGCGUACUUGGACCCUGACACAAGACACCACUCAAGGACACAUUCAAGA